AUGGACUUGGGAACAGCCUCGGGCUCCUCUGGUCUGGCCUUGGAUAGCCUCGACGUUUUCAUUGGGGUCGGUGGCCCAGCUUACCGAACAGACCUCGAAGAUUCGCAUCCGCAUAUCGUUCUUGAAGAGCGGACUUUUUCAGGAAAGCUGUGGUUCGACAGAGAAACUAAAACUGUCUAUCGGGAAAUCGAUCCAGCAGAACCUCAAUAUUUUGGACCUCCCGGUCCCGAGAUUGAUCGUGCCUGGGGUGAUCUCCUGAGAGGAGAAUUUGUCAGAUUAACUCCUGAAGAAGCGGCACCUUACCUACCAGAUCUGACUGUAGAGCCUGCGUCCGGCCAUUACCAUUUUGAGCCUGAUAUGUUUCAUUCUUUACAUUGUCUUAAUGCGGUCCGCAAAGAGCUUGACAAAGACUAUUACUCCAAACUCGGCCCUAGUCAUCUUGAGAUGGAGAUACAGAAUUCAACCGCUUUUCCUCCGGACUGGGGAAGAAUUCACAUGGACCAUUGCCUGGAUCAGCUCCGCCAGGCUAUACAAUGCCAGGGCGACCUAUCACCAGUACCACUCUAUCACCAUGAAGGUAUGUCUAUAGGGCUCGGAGUUGGCCAAACUCACACCUGUCGAAAGUGGGAGCCAAUGCGGCACUGGAUGGAUGAACGCAAGAUGCGUCAACUUAAGGACAAGGCCCAGUGA